GUAUCAAUUCUUCAGUCACUCCGUCGACUCACCACGUUGAAACUAUGAGUUUUUCUGGCAAAGUGGUGAUUGUGACUGGAGCUAGCUCCGGUAUAGGGGCCAGUACAGGAGUGCUGUUCAGCCACAGAGGAGCUGACGUGGUGCUCGUAGGAAGAAAUGAGAGUAAACUGAAGAAAGUUGCUGAGAAAUGCACCCAAAGGGGAAUUCCCCCUCUCGUUGUUCAGGCGGAUAUCGGCAAAGACAGCGAUGCUGAACGCAUCAUCGAUACGACAAUCAAGAAAUACGGAAAAUUGGACAGCCUCGUCAACAACGCUGGAAUAUUCGUCCGGGGAAGUAUUCUCAGUGGAGACCUUCUUCAGGUCUACGAUGAAACGAUGAAAAUCAAUUUGCGAGCUGUUAUCAAACUCACAACUCUUGCCGCACCUUAUCUUAUCAAAACUAAUGGUAACAUUGUGAAUGUUUCAAGCGUCGAGGGAAAGAAGUCAUCUAUGGUCAAUUAUUUAGCCAACAAUGUCAGCAAAGCUGCUCUGGACAAUUUUACAAGAGGAGCGGCUUUGGAAUUAGCUACUUUUGGAGUCAGAGUCAAUUCUGUCAGUCCAGGGCCAGUGAGAACAGAUAUCCUUGAAAAUUCUAGCAUCUCUGGUCUUUCGUGGGAUGAUAUUGCAAUGAAUAUGAUUUUAGACAGAGUCUCAGAACCUGAGGAGACAGCUGAAUUGAUUCUUUAUUUAGCGAGUGGAACAGCCAAUGGUAUUACAGGAUCGGAUUUCGUUUGUGACAACGGUGCUCUUUUAGGCACUAAGGCAAAGCCGAAUAUUAAUUAACUAUGUUGAACUACACACAUAAGUACAUAAAUAACGCCUCUUUCCCGGAGGGGUAGGCAGAGACCUCAUCUUUCCACUUUCCACGAUCCCUGCACACUUCUUUCGCUUUAUCAACAUUUAUAUAUCUCUUCAUACAAGCUCGUCGGCUUCGGGUACUCUUGACCAGACCUUUUGCCAGAUUCUUCGUCUCCGAUUUGAUAUGUUGAACUACGAAGGAACAAUUACGUAUAUUUUACUUACAAACUGUAGAAUUGAAUGGACUAUGUAACUAAAUUAUUUGUUAGGUUCAAAUUUUUGAAUAAACGUUAUGAUGUGGUUAUAACAA